AUCAUCACUUCAUCCAUCGUCCAUCGGAUGGAGCAGAGACCUGGAGGUGAUCCUGUGAUUCAAACAGUUGCUCCUGGACUUCAUGUGCUUUCAAAUGGUGCAAUUGAUUCCCCAUGGCCAAAGGCACUGCAUUUAGGACAGAGUUUCAAAAAAUAUCUGGAAACAAAUGAUGAUUCGGAAGUCUCUUUAAAACAAAUGGUGGAAGAGUUGAUGAUGGAUACAAUCAAAACUGAUAAGUCUUUGGUACCUGAUACUGGUGUUGAUCCUGAAUGGGAGUACAAGUUAGGUUCUAUUUUCAUUGACACUGCAAAAGGACAGGCACGAUAUGGAACACGAAGCAUGGUGGUGCUAGCAGUAAAAUUGGAUGGUGGGGUAACAUUCUUCAAGAGGUAUUUGGAGAACAGCUCGUGGAAGGAGAAUAUCAUUCAGUUUCAGAUGGAGAAGGCACAACAUGACUUGAGAGGAACUUUAGAAUAACGGCAAAGACUGAUCGGUUGCUUAUUCUUUUGCUAUUGCUUAUUUCUGUUCACUUGUUUGUUAAUUCCUUUAUAGCCGAUACGCCAAAGCAUUUUUGGCGUGUCCAAUAGCCAUGUUUUUCUUAAAAAAAAGGUUUAGCAUGAUGUUUGUUAUAUAUUUUUAUUUUCCGGAUAAUAUACAUGAUGGGCAUGUCUAUUAUGUGAAUAUGUACUAAUGAACAUAGAAAUUUCAUCAGGUUGUUCUCGUCAGCAUCUGAAGGCCAGAAGUACUAUACCUGCAGCUUUCAACUUGAUAACAUUAGCUGAGCGCAAGAUCAAACUUACAUGGUGCCUCUCAGGGCAGUACGAUUAUUUUGGCCAUGGUUAUCAGGAUUGCUACUGCUGCGGGGAUCCAUAUCAGAAACAGAAUUGCUACCUGACAAACAAAGAGUGCUGGUCUAAGUACCCUGCUUGCAACCCUCAAUGCCCAACCCUAGAUGCCUCUUCCAUUGACGAGGAAACCAAGAACAAAGAAAGGAUCAAAUGAAGAAUGGCACCGUACACAAAUCAGAAAUUAAAUCAUAUGGACAUAACAAGUUAUAUUGGCAGGCAGUAAUCCAAACAACGAUGUAUUCAUUAGACAUAUAUUCUUGAAGUUAAUUGCUAUACACUUUCCUUCCAUUUUUGCA